GAAAAUAAAUGUAGAGUCCAAUGUCACUGUCUGGUUUUCAACCACGUCAUCUUUAACAGGUCGGACGAGAGAGAGAGAGAGAGAGAUAGAGCAAAGGAAGGAUAUUGAUAUGUAAGAUUAUUACCGCAUCGGUUUUCAAGUCGGAGAGAGAGAGAGAGAGCGAAGGGAGAUGAUUUUUCAAUUGAUUUUUGUUUGACAAAAUUUUUGUUUUUUCUUCUGAAACCGAGAUUUUUUUUUUUUUUUUUUGUUUUGCUUGUGUGGGUUCUCUCCGAUUGGGCGCGCCGAGAGGCUGGUGGAGAUAUGGCCGGAGCUAAAGAUUAUGAUCGCCGGGUUGCUGGCCCAUCGGUGGCCUCCGCGGAAGACGACGGUGGAUGUGUCCCUGAUAAACGCGGGAACGAGGAUUCUUCGUCCCUUGUUGAAGUCUCGUGCUCGAUUUGCCUCGAAUUGGUGGUCGACGACGGUACCAGAUCCAGGGCUAAGCUCCAUUGUGGUCACGAGUUCCAUUUGGAUUGCAUCGGAUCGGCGUUUAACAUGAAAGGAGCCAUGCAAUGCCCUAACUGCCGCAGUGUCGAUAAGGGUCAGUGGUUGUAUGCAAAUGGAUCUACUCGGCCGUUUCCAGAGUUUGUCAUAGAAGAUUGGAUCCCCGAAGAAGAUUUAUAUGGUUUAAGUUAUCCGGAAAUGCAAUAUCGGGUCCAUUGGUGCCCGUUUGGUGAACUCUCUCAAGCAGCUGCUUUCGAGGAACUGGAACCUACUACCACUACAUAUCAUAACGAGUUCCAUGGACACCACGCCGCUGCUUUGAAUCAUUCAUAUCUUGCAUACGCUGGACUGGGCCCAGCUGCCACUCCGAGAACUAGCGACAACACAGAUGACCAUCCCUGGAACACCCACUCGAAUGACCAUUUUCACCACCUUGCUGUUGCUCCCCAGUUUCAUCAUCAUCAUCAUCAUCAUUCCCCAUCGUUUUCUCUACCCGAUGCUCAUGUGGUUGAUGGGGAAGUCGACUCUUCAGCACCGCCGGGCAUUACACAUCCGCACCCAUUUCUCUUCACUUACCGGUCUAAUCCAAGAACCUCACCAGCAAUUAACGCUCACCAAGGAAGCAGCACCCAAAUGCGUGAACACCUUCACACGCAGCAUCCUGUUUUUAAUCAUCAGAGGCAACAUCAUGCCAAUGGUCCCAAUCUCGCAGCUCCUCUCGUCUCUUUGACAAGAAGGGGAUUACCGCCAACGAUGCCAGAUCAGAACGUCGGAUUCUUCAUCUAUCCACCUCCGAGCUCAUCAGGUGCACACCGUGAACCAGAAACCGAUCAAUUUCAUGCGUGGGAGAGAGAUUGGUUUCCACAUUUCCAUGCCCCGUCAAAUCACCGCACGAUCUCUAGCUUCUGGCACAGACACUUCUGAGACAAGUUUGUGUCUCUGAACCCUGAAGUCGCCUGGAAGAAUUCUAUCGGGCGUAUGAACAAUGUAUAAAAGAAAACUGGGGGACUUGUUUGAUCGAUCAAAACUGUUUAUGAUGUAACUAUAACUUGUUUCCAAUGUACAUUGUGAGCUUUACGAGAACCAUUGUUGCUAAACA